AUGGGUGACUGGAGCUUUCUAGGGCGGCUGCUGGAGAAUGCUCAAGAACACUCCACUGUGAUUGGAAAGGUUUGGCUGACUGUCCUCUUCAUCUUUCGCAUCUUGGUGCUGGGAGCAGCAGCUGAGGAAGUCUGGGGCGACGAGCAGUCUGACUUCACUUGUAACACGCAGCAGCCCGGUUGCGAGAAUGUCUGCUACGACGAGGCCUUCCCGAUCUCCCACAUCCGCUUCUGGGUGUUGCAGAUCAUCUUUGUCUCCACGCCCACCCUCAUCUACCUGGGCCAUGUGCUACACAUCGUCCGAAUGGAGGAGAAGAGGAGAGAGAGGGAGGAUGAGCUCCGAAAGGCUGGGCGACACCAGGAGGACCAUGACCCUCUGUAUCACAAUGGAGUGGGUAAUGGAGGAGGGGGCGGUGGGAAGAAAGAGAAGCCGCCAAUUCGGGAUGAGCAUGGGAAGAUUAGGAUCCGAGGAGCAUUAUUAAGGACCUACAUCUUCAACAUUAUCUUCAAGACUCUGUUCGAGGUGGGCUUUAUCCUGGGACAGUACUUCCUUUAUGGUUUCCAUCUGAGGCCACUCUAUAAAUGUGGUCGCUGGCCUUGCCCCAAUACUGUGGACUGCUUCAUCUCCAGGCCCACUGAAAAGACGAUCUUCAUCAUCUUCAUGCUGGUUGUUGCCUGUGUCUCUCUGGUCCUCAACCUCCUGGAGAUCUACCACCUGGGCUGGAAGAAAGUCAAGCAAGGGGUCAGCAGUGAGUUUGUACCCGACAGCGAGUCACUGCUCCUGAAUGCAUUAAAGCCUGGAGAUGCUGACACGAUUCCCGAGCAGACCUCUGAUUCAGUGCUUGAGUGUUUGCCAGUGUACGCCAGUGUGAAUGUUGUUAGGGGUGGAGAUGCUGAAGGAGGAGCCUAUGGUCCUACAGAGGCUUCUCCUGCGGUCAUCUCCUCCGACCCUAACACCAGCUCCGUACCUGCCAGACUCAAGAUGGAUGGCUCAGGGUUCCACCCUGACGACUACUUGUCGGAGGCCUCGCCCACUUCUUUUUAUCACAGCGGAGACAAAGAGAGUGUCGGGAGCCAUGAGCAGGCGAUGGAUCAGAACUGGAGCAACAUGGAACGAGAGCUCCAGAGGCUGGAUGGAAAAUACUCCCCCUCAACCUUCCCUCCCCCUCUUCCCUCCCCUCCCACCUCUGCCUCCUCCUCCCCUCACGAGGAGAUGUUCCCAUCCCUUCCACCUGGAGAGCAACACUCCAUGUUUCCCACCCUUCCUCUCCGUACCCCUCUUUCAUCCCUCUCACCGGAGGUGGCUGCGAUGGAUGAGGAAAAUAUUGUUGCAACCGCACCUUGUAUGGUCCCUCAUGAUGAUUUCCUCGUGAUAACCAGGGCGGAGAUGCAUCAGCCACCUGCAGUUCCAGUGAUGGACAUCCGGAAGCCAAGUCGGGCCAGCAAGAUGAGCAGCGUCAGAGCUCGCCCAGACGACCUGGCAGUGUAG